AUCAAAGAUGGCGUCUGCUUCGGUAGGUGUCUCGUGUUUUCUGUGAUUAUUUGUGUUUAAUUUAUUACUAAUUUUCAAUAUUUUUGAUUUAUUGCCAAUCACGAGACAUUCUGACAACCUGUUCAAUCGUUAGAAGCUAUUAGAACAAAAAUAAUAGCUUUUUUUUCCACGUCCUGGAAAGCUGCUGUUCGCUAUUGCAUGUGACGUGUACCUUUACUGAUGGAUGACGAUACGAUAGCAUUUGGUGAGGAGGAUGAGGCGACGCAAAAUAAACUCAAACAUCCGUACGUUACAGCGUUUCAUCUGGCAUUUAGAAUUACGGCCCUUGUAGUGUACUUGUUUUGUGGAAUUUUAUCAGAUAGUUUUAUUUCUGGUUUCGUGAUAGUCAUGCUCCUGCUUUCGAUGGAUUUUUGGACUGUGAAAAAUAUAACAGGAAGACUGAUGGUUGGACUGAGAUGGUGGAAUUACGUUGAUGACGAGGGGAAAAGUCAUUGGAUUUUCGAAUCUAGAAAGGGUUCUCAACAGAAUCGAUUGCAUGAUUCAGAGGUGCGAAUAUUUUGGCUCGCAUUAAUACUCUGUCCUCUCACGUGGGUUCUCUUCUUUUUCGUCGCAUUAUUUGGUUUUAAAUUCAAAUGGCUGCUAUUGACAGUGAUGGCACUUGUCCUUAAUGGAGCCAAUCUUUAUGGUUACGUGAAAUGUAAAAUGGGUGGAGAUAAAAAUAUUUCCUCAGCGACCAGCGAAUUUCUCAGAAAACAAGUUUUACAAAAUAUGGCGUCUAUGAUGACGAAGAGUCCUCAAGCAACAAAUCCGAACCAAUCAGGAAAUAUAAUUUAAGAAUUGUGAUAAUUUCUCCAAUAUAAUAAUCGUAAAUAAUUAUAUUUAUCCUAAUGUAAGUUGUAAAUACGCAAUAGAUUUUUUUUAAUUCAAAAGAAUUAAUAAAUUCAACACUUGAUCCUACAAUUUUAGAAAAA